UUGGGCUUUCGUGGUGGUCCAACGGUGUGUGUCGUGUGCAGGCAAGCAAAAGACCGGUCGAGCCAACGUGUACGUGUCUUCUUUUCCGAGUCGCCGUAAGUAACAGUCUCGUUCCGUCUGUUCUCGCACAGGCCUUGAGGCUCACAACACGUGUUGGCCUUGUCUUUAGCUGGUCAUCCGUCCUCACUCCGCGACUGGCAUCCUUACCAGUCCAAAGUUCUCAGAGACAGUCGCUCUUCAGCUCAGCUCAAAGACAAAAGCGCCCUCUUAGCCCAAAACGAGGCCUGGGCCACUUCUGUUUCCUGGAGUUGCAGUAGCUGAUGCUGGGUUCAACCAUCAAACGCACAAAGAAAAGUUUGCGCAUUUUUGCACCAUGACCGCCUUUGCCCUUGCCCCAUCGUCUCUUGAUCCUGGAGCCAGUCGUCCCGCACGAAAGGAAAACAGGAUCGUUGCUUUCUUCCGCUCUCGUUCUCGUUCUCGGUCCAGACCUCGCGCCAAAUCAACUGUCAGUUCAAGUGCUGCGCAAUCUACUACAGAUGUACCAACUCUGCCCAUGGUGCCUGCCUCCAAGCUUCGCAUCAGUCAUGUUCGUUCCACCAGUCUGGCGCACGAACCAGGGCAUGCAGCCCACACCAGUCUGUCUGGUCCAGCAAGCCAGUCAAUUUCAAAGCCAGGCACGCGUACUUCGACACGCCCGAUAUCAUCCACGACCACUGCCACACACUCCACGAUCACCCCUCUUCCUUCCGACUCUAUUAGAAGAAGACAAAGAAUGUCGCGUCAUGUUUACUCGCACGAUUACACCCAAGAAGAAGAUCCCGAUCACCAGGCCAACGGAGAUAAUGCCGCAUCUCAGGAUGAUCACGAUCGUGCAACUCGUUCAGAUACCCCCUCUUCUCUCAAUCAGCGCCGUAAGUUAGAGCUGCGCUCCAUUUUUGGAAUUGCCCUGUCAAGGAAAUCAUCAUUGUCCAACCCAUCCCGAAAACCAUCACCAGGAUCCUCCGACCGCAAAAUAUCAUCUUCAUCUCUCUCUCAAAAGGAAGCUGAGAACACAUCCUCUCGCAAACGAUCAUUCAGGCUCAAUUCUAGACCAAACACUCCAAAGUCUAUUGACGAAUCGCGCGUUACGAAAACAUCCACCGGCACGAUACCCACUCCCUCCAAUCCCCUUCCACUGUCUGCCACUCCCCGCCGACUUUCAUUUGGAUUGAACUCAAGUUCUCGCACGCAUACGCCAAUGACAUCAUCGGGCCACCUUCCCCUAGCUCUUCCAUCACGCCACAAACGACAAUCUGUCGGGUCUCAUGACACUGCUCAUGACAGUGCUGUUGCGUUACAUGACGACCAUUCAGACAGUGCUCUCACAUCUUCAAGCCAUAUAGACACCAGGUCUAAUUCAAAGACCAGCGCUUCUACUCUUAGCCACUUUGGAAAAUCCCGCAAAGGCAAAGAACAAGAACGUGAUACCAGUAGUUCGAAAAUGCGGUCACAGACGCGAAAGACGUCUCGCACGGAUGACUCGCGCCCUGGUAUAUUUGGCUCACUUUCAGAGGAGACAUCUCCCAUCGUCACCAUAUCCCCGCCGCCACCGCAAAGCGACUCACGUGGCAAGUAUGACCUCGGUGGUCUCGUGGUGUCACUGCUGCCCACGGUAGAGUCCAUGGCUGAAGAAGACGCAGCAGAGCAACGGCCUCUGAUUCGUGCACCGCAAGCAAGACCAGCCAUACCACGAAUUAUCCAUACCCCACCGACCCCACAAAGAACAGGGGAGUUAGAUUCUCCGGUGCGACCCGCAACCACACCACCAACGUUGAGCGGAGGACAGGGGAAGUCGCGCGAAGUUCUGCUUAGCAAGCAACCGAUCACUGUUCAUAACGAGCUUCCAAAGUUGCACGCACGGGCAGCUCUACCCACUAGUUCUGACGGGGAUCCCGCGUACAACCGCAUGCGUAGUAGAUUCUCACCCCGGCUGUUCGGGGGCAAAGAUAUGUCUAGAGAAAGCAAGAAGCAGAAACCCGGUGGUCGGCAUGAUCCCCCUGGGGCUGUCGGUCCUCCGCGAAAUAUGACCAGUCGUCGAAUCCAACAUGGAAGUUUUGACUUCGAGAGACCCGUCUCUGGUCUAAACAGGAGCAGCUCGACGGUCAAUGCAUCGCUUGUAAAAGGCGAAGGCUUGACUCAAUCUGGCGCGGCGACUCAUCGGCCGACAACCUUAGAACGAACGGCAUCAUCAUCAUCUGAUCAUACAGGGAAGUCGCGAACAUACGCGUACCAUCCCACCCGAGCCGACUCCCCCAUUCUCGCUCAGCUCUCCGCCAACCAUACGGGCGAAACCUCAGUCGUUUCCUUCUCAUCCGCAUCCGCCUCUGCGCAGUCGAAGUCGACGGGAAAGUCUGCCUCUGGCCCCGGACUGUCCUCCAGUUGGGGACGCGCAUCAGGUAGACGAACUCAGCGUACAUCGCAUGGACCAUUCCCUUUCGAGCCGGCUGCGUCGGUUCCAAGUUCUCCUUUACCGACCUCUUCAGCACUACCCCGUUCUUCACCAUCCCCACAUAGACAAGAGUUUGACAUACCAGAAGCGCCUGCCCCGUUGCCCCCCAGCUCCCCUCUACGGAGUGAGUUGGGGCUCGGAGGAGGCUCUCUACGCGACAAGAGCCAAAGCGCUCGUGGCCGCGUGCAACAAGCUCGCGAGCAAGGUGGUGAGAAGAGGGGUAAAGGUCGUUCACUCGAUCUUAAACUCGGUUUAUCUUGGGCACCAAAUCGCGUCCGUCAAGAAGCUGUGAUACCUGGAUCUCUUCUUUCGCAAAAGCAAGAGGAGGAGCGUAAUCGGGGAAAGGAUGUCACGAAAGUCUUUGAGAACGUACUCUCCGAAUCUGGAUUCGAGACGUUCAAGAAGUAUGUUCACCGAUUUGACGCGCACCUGAUACCCCUAGAAGGCCCUCGGGGACUCCUUGCGCGCAUUGAAAAAUUACUCACUGCCGCGUCGAUAUCACAAACAGAGAAGGCAGAGCUGCUGGACCAGUUCGCUCGAUUCGUGGAAGGGCAUAGCGAAGUCUAA